UGACAUGUUCAGUAAUCCACAAAUUGUUUAUAGUUGAGCCUUCCUGAUAUGGAGUUGUUCCAGAGCGUAAACGUGAAGUUAGUUUUCAGGCUCGUCUCGCCUACUACGUCUCACUUCCUCUGUUUCACACAUAAAUCCUGUGGCUGUGAUGCAAGUGCACAACACUUACCCUAACCAGUGCUAGCUGAGCUCCAACACCGCAGGGUCACAGACAGAAAUGAAUAACAGUGCAGCAAUGGAACACAGCACAGCAGCACCUAACGGCACAGAUCACUGCAACACUGAGGAGAGUAAGCUUUACAUAUUCCUCUCUGUGGUAAUGUCAGUGGAGUUCAUUUUAGCUCUGCCUUUAAACCUGUCUGUUUUGUAUGUCUUCCUUUUUAAAUUCAAAUUCUGGAAGAAUAACAGCCUCUUCCUCUUCAACCUGGUAUUGGCGGACUUGCUACUUCUGAUAUGCCUGCCAUUUAAGGUACAUAAUUUUCUGACUGGGGUGAGAAAAAGUGAAGACGACAUCAUCUGCAAAGCCAUGCUCUUUAUGUUAUUUCUCAACCGGGGAGCCAGUAUUGCUUUUCUCACCGUCAUCUCUGUGGAUCGCUACUUUAACGUGGUUCACUCUGGCAGGAAAAACUUUCUGAAGAUUCUGAAAAAGUCACCUCACAUUUCCAUUCUCAUCUGGCUACUGCUGUUACCUUUGACCAUCCCUACCAUGCUGGAAACCUUUGAGUGCUGCAACAGCUUCGGUCGCGCGCAGAAUCACACAUUAAUGACCCAAGUUGCGGACUUUUUGAGAGAGACGGUAUUUUUCACUCAGAUUCUCAUACCUUUCGGAGUGCUUGUGUUCUGCACGGUGCAGAUUAACAACAGACUGAAGAGAAAGACCGUUGGGGACAAGACCAAAUUGCGCAGGGCUGUAUUUCUGAUGGCAUCUGUGGUGCUAGUGUUCUCCGUCUGUUUCCUUCCCCUGACCGUGUCGAGGACGCUCCUGCUGAUAGUCCGAGUCCGUGACUAUGCGGAGGCAGAGAGAGUGGUGGUGCAGAUCUACGAUGCCCUCAUGUGCCUGUCCUACAGUGACUGUCUGCUAGACCCACUGGUCUAUUGCUUCUGCCGCUCAAAAUUCAAAGAAGUGUACUUGUCCUCUAUUUUGCCUUCAAGGGCCAAGAAGCCAACACAUAGGGGCGAGAGAAGUACUUCCCGAGACUUGGUGAACUCCUCUAUACCUUUGAGCUCAAACAGAUCUGUGACUGAGCUGUAAUUCAUUAGUACACGCUGUAAGAGUUUUACUUAUUUACCUGUAUAGCCUGUGCUGUGUUUUUGUUAUACUUUGUUAUACUUUUGUUAUACUGGUUCGUACACUGCUGUAAAUGUAUGUACAUAAAUUGUAUUGGGAAACUUUUCAAUAAUUUGCAUUUCAUAUUGUUGCAAAUACAAUCUCUGACACAUAUUUAUAGGACAUGUUCUGCACAUUAAGCAGUAAAUCAUGAAUGUCAUAAAUGCAUUAUUCAUUGUUAAUUCCAUUCCAGCUACUGUAAUUGCAUAAAACAUUAUCACAUUUGUUUAUCAAGAUAAACAAUGUUUGUCAAGCU